AUGUCUUACGAUAAUUUACCUUACUCGACGAUGGAACCACCUUUCUUCCAGGAGAAUAGAUCAAAACCUCAAUCUUUCCGUCAUGAGGAUUUGAUGGAUAUUGAAAGUUCUUGGAUCCAGAAUAUCGAUCCACUUCUUCGUCAAUCUCAAAUGGGCUCUCCGGAUUUUGAUUACCGUCAAGAUUUGCCACAGCAACCUUUACAAAGAUUCAUCACAGAGCCAGGACGAGCUCUCUUUACUACUGUUCCAGCCAUGUCUCACUUUGAUAGCUUUCCCAGACCGCCUCAUAGAGCAUUCGAGCCUGUUAGCGUCUAUCCUCAAGCUUCCCGAACAAGAAUGAUAUCUCCUUCUCCUUCCCAAGAACUCUCUUCCAACUGCAGUAGUGCUCGAAGUCCAGCUACCGAAACAGAUUGGUAUCACGAUAGAUACUAUUCUUCUCAGGGCCAAGAUGAUUACAGCCUACCCAACACCUCUCAUACUACUUCGCAAAACUUCUCUGAUGUAUGGACGUCACCGCAAAUUCUAUCCGGACAGCCGACUGGAUAUCCAUGUGUCAAUCUCAGUGAUGUUCAGGCAUUUGCCGAUCCUCAAGAAAUCAAAUUCGAGACCGAUGAAACAUAUGUCGAUUAUGCAAUCCAAUCAUCAGAGUCUGGGAGUCACAAAUUGGCUUCUCAUAUAUCACAUUAUAGAGAUGAGGGAUUGGGAGCUUCGAUUCGAGAUGCUGCAUCUCCUCAAGCAAUUUCUAUUCAAGCUUCGAAUAAUGACAAUACAUCUACGAUUUCUAAUGCUGAUAUUGAUGCAGAAGGCGAUGAUGUUGAUGUUAACAAUCAUGGGGAAAUAGACAUGGAAACAGAGAUUGUUUCCGAAUUACUACCCCAAGAUGGAGACAUCGAAGAAGAAGACGAACCAUCAGACACAGAAUAUACUCCUCGUCCCUCGACCCGCAAUCCACGCAAACGCACCAGCACAACUAAAUCCUACUCACCCCCCACCCCCAAACGCAACCGCAUAUCCAAAUCCUCCACAAGUACAUCGAAAUCCUCUUCCAAACCCUCUUCCGGAAGUCUCUCCUGCACACAAUGUGUCUCCACCGGCUUUAAAGACACACCGACUCUCCAACGACACAUCGCAUCCGCGCACACGCGGGCAUUCAUCUGCGUGUUCAAUUUCGCGGGCUGCGAUAGCACGUUUGCUUCAAAAAAUGAAUGGAAACGUCAUGUUUCCUCUCAGCACCUCAAUCUGCAAGCGUGGGUGUGCACGCUCGGGUCUUGCGGGAAGGUUCCACUGGGUUCGCAUUCGCAUUCGGGUGCGGCGAUGCGGAAGGGCGGGGAGGGGAAUACGAAUGCGCGUGCUUAUGGGGAAGUUAAAGGCGCGGAGUUUAAUCGGAAGGAUUUGUUUACGCAGCAUUUGAGACGUAUGCAUGCGCCGUUUGAGGUGAAGAGGAAGGGGAAGCGUAAUGGGGAGUGGGAGGAGCGGGUGAGGGUUUUGCAGAGGAGUUGUGAGAGGAGUCGACGCGAGGCGCCGGAGAGGUUGGGAUGUCCGGUGAGGGGCUGUGCGGAGCGGAAAGAAGGCUUGGGAUUGUGGUUUGAGGGGAGAGGGUGCUGGGAUGAGAGGAUGGAACAUUUAGGGAAACAUUUGGAGGGUGGCGGAGGGGAGGGAGGAGUCGUAAGACAGCAGGAUGAUGCGCUUUUUGUGGAGUGGGCGGUAGAGCAGAGAAUUAUUGAGAAGGGGGGGAGGGGGGAAUGGAUUCUUUGUGUGGGGAAGGGUGGCAAUGGGUGGGCGAGGAAGAGACUGGUGGGGGGGCUGGAUAGGAGUGAGAGGAGAGUGAGGGGGAGAUAUGUGGGAAUUAAGGUAGAGGAUGGGAUGGAGGAUGAUAUGGAUGCUGAGGGAGAGGAUGAGUAA